AUGGAUAACAAUCCAGGUCUGAUCAACAGCUUGACAUCUCCAGCUCUUUUGGUUAUGGUGACAUCUUCAGAUGGUUCUCUAGGGGUUACACAGCAGCCACCCCAUUAUACUGUACCAAUGUCUAUGGAAAAGCCCCCUCAAAUCACCUACUUGAGCCCAGCCUACCCUCUCUUGUACCCUCCUCAGGAACACAUGAAUUCUAGUUGCCCCCCUCAGCUUCUUUCUCUCCCCCCACAAUAUGGACAUCACCACCUGGACAGGGGAAAUGUUGGCGUUUUAGGGUACAGUGCACUGCACCCUUUUGGUGCCUUCCGUCUGUCAGAGGGUGUAGAGAGACUUCAGUCUGGAUUUUUGAACCCCAAGAGAAUGAAAGGGGAGGUAGAUCCCCUCCAGAUACGUUAUCUAUCAAUGGAAGCCGGGAUGGACAUUUCUCAUGUUCCUGGAGGUUCAGGGAUCACUCCAACAACUCAUCGGAAAUCCCCAAAACCCAGACCAAGCUCCCACAAAAAAGGUGAUGUUGUAAACCUAACACGUUUUUACAUCUGA